AGAUGGGCUGACCAAACCAAUGACGGAGAGUCCGACGUAAUGGGCGAGCCGGUUGUGACAGAGCCGCAGGAGGCUCUGAAGACAGGAACCUCGACCGGACGUCGAGAAGCGACGAGACGACAGCUUUACAAAUUGGAGGAUAACAAGUACUCCAUCAAGGACCUCGAGACAAUAACUCAAGAUGAAGAUGAGCGCGUACGGGCAUUUGGGAUGCGUUUCCAGAAGAUCUCCAACGUGCUGAUAAAGAAGGGGAAGAUCUCGGAGGUCGAGCGUUGUACUAUCUUCAUCGGACACCUGUCCAAAGGUAGACAAAAGAGUAUACUUAGAGAUCUUCCGCGAGACAAGCUUGACUUCCCAGAAGUCAUAAAGCUCGCGAUAAAGGCAGAGGCAGACGACUACAAGGACUUGGUGUGGAGAGGGAUGAGGAGGCAUGUCUUCUCUCUCUACAAGGAGUAUGCCACUUAUAGACGUUCUGAUUUCAAACACUAUCCCUGGUCGGAAAAGAAUGAAGUUGUGGCCGAGAAAGUGAAGGAGAUAAGGGACAUGAUAAAGGGAUUGACAAUACAGGUUAUAGAGAUUGUGACCACCAUCGGAGCCACGGCAUAUCGGGACAAGCCCGAAGGGCCCUAUUCACUUCGCUGGCACCGGAGGAACACUGAUUCGUGGAGAAGUGUCGAGGAUAGAAAUCCCCGAACGCGGACAGAUUAUCGUGUGAGGGAAAGGGAAAAAGACGAUGAACCAUGGCGACGUAGGGAUGAUGAGAUAGACCGGCACCGCAGGACUCACGAGACGUACGGGCAUGCUAGGAGACUGCAUGACUACUCACGUAGCCCUCGCUAUGAGCCUGACGGGGGUAGAGGCGACUCUCGAGGCCGGUGGGAGUCGGAUCAGGAACGGCGAGACGGAUACAGGGAUGGAAAAUAUGCGAGAUCGGACCGAGAUGGACAUAGAGACGACAGAUAUGAGAGGACGGAUCGAGAUGGAUACAGGGGCGAUAGAUAUGAGAGAGGGGAUCGACCCGAUGAUUCACGCGGGCGGUACGACCGAGAUGACCGGCGUGAUGAUUCGUGCGGGCGGUACAACCGAGGAGACCGACGAGAUGAUUCACACGGGCGGUACGACCGUGGAGACCGACGUGAUGAUUCACGCGGGCGAUACGACCGAGGAGACCGACGUGAUGAUUCACGCGGGCGAUACGAACACGGAGACCGCCGCAAUGAUUCGCGCGGCAGGAAUAAGAUAGGGGGAUAUGGCGUUUCGGCUGAUCCGUAUUCAAAGUCCCCUGACCCCAGAGCAGCCAGGGGUUCGACUUCUAAAAGCGCAGACGACAGGCCGCCCACUCCCAAGAACUCUUGCGUCUACUGUAGAGGGGAUGAUCAUAUCAAGAGAGACUGCCCAGAUCUCAAACGGGCGAUAGAUGAGGGACUUGUCGUGCUUGACGACCGCAAGUACGUCAAGUGGGCAAAUGAUCUGGGAGAUGUAUCGAUGUUCCCUUCGAUGAAGAAGAAUGUCGAAGCAAGAAGAGUAAAGCCGAGUAAAGGAAAGGAGCCGGUCAGGAGGCAGAGCAUCAAGAUAACUUUUGAGGGGGAUAUGGCGACAACACCCAUAAGGGUGGCAGCCACCAAGUCGGCGAGAGGGUCUACAUCGAAGAAGACUGACACGGAUUACGUGAUGGCGGAGAAGGACGGACAACGGAUCGAGGGAGAGGAAGUUAUUCUUUCGCCGCAGAAGCGGGGAGUGAAGAAGUUCUUGAUGAAGAGUUCGCUGGACGAGAUUGACACGGUCGAGCCACUGGACGGGCCCUUCGGCAGUCCAUGCAGUACUCUAUUUUGGAGUACCUGGCGGCAUCGAAGCCUGCUCGCGAUGAGUUACAGAUGAUCACGUUGAAGACUCGCAUACCUCUAUCAAAGGAGGCUCAGGGGACCCCUAAGGCGGAAGCUCCUACUGUA